CAAAGAUCGGCAUCUACGGCUUUGUCUUUUAUCGAGAUGGCGAAUGGAUCUACUCCAUCAUCGACGAUAAACUCUAUCUCAAGUCCCCCUUGUGGGAUUCCCCCUCCAUGCAGAGAGAUCUUCUGCAGCAGAUCGAUCGUGAGGAUAACGAGAAUGUUUAUCGCAAGACCUAUCAGACUGGCUCCAAGGCUCUUUUCUUUGCGCAGUGCAGAGAUCAGAAUGAGACUUGGGUUCCUCUCUUCGAGAAGGCCUACGCCAAGGCUCACGGUGACUAUGCGUCAUUGGCGGGUGGCUGGAAUGGAGAGGGUGUCGAAGAUCUCUCUGGUGGAGUUACCACUGAGCUCUUGACGUCUGAUAUUCUCGAUAUCGAUGAGUUCUGGGACAAGGAGAUGUCGCGAGUCAACGAUGAGUUCCUCUUUGGCGCUUCUACUGGUCUUCUUGAGCACGGCUACGGUGAGCGCAAUGGCAUCUCUGAAGGGCAUGCCUAUGUCAUCAUGGAGGUACGUACUCUAAAGUCUGGCCAGCGCUUGGUCAAGCUUCGCAAUCCUUGGGGUAAGGUUCGCAAGGGUAUCUGGGAUGGAGCUUGGAGUGAUGGCUCUAAGGAGUGGACUACCGAAGUGCAGGAGGAGAUGGACCACAAGUUUGGUAGCGACUCUGUUUUCUGGAUUUCUUACGAGGAUCUUAUUCGGAAAUAUUCUCACUUCGACCGUACUCGACUCUUCCGCGAUCGAGACUGGCGAUGCUGCCAGCGCUGGAUUGGUGUUGAUGUUCCGUGGAAGGCGGCUUACCAUGAGAAGUUCCACAUCAAGUUGACCCAGGACUCUCCCCUUGUACUGGUUCUUUCGCAGCUUGAUGGUCGGUAUUUUAAGGGUCUUCAAGGACAGUACUCCUUCCGUCUUCACUUCCGUCUUCACUACGAGAACAGCCCCGAUGCGGAGGACUACAUUGUCCGAUCUCAUGGUAAUUAUCUCAUGGAGCGCUCUGUUUCUGUUGAGCUGCCUGAUAUUCCCGCUGGCAACUACGUCGUCUACCUGAAGGUCACUGGCGAGCGAGACUCCAACGGUCAAUCUGUUGAGCAGGUCGUCAAGCGCGAGACUGCCGACAGGACUGAGAAUGAGAAGCUUGCGCAGGUUGGUUAUGCCUAUGAUCUAGCCCACAGCAAGGCUUGGAACCACAUGGACAAGGUCACCAAGCUUCGCCAGAAGAAGGAUCAGAAGAAGGCUUCCGCCAGUCGCCAGAAGGAGCGUCGCCACAUGUGGGAGAAGCGCGCUACCAUCCGCGACGUCACCAAGCAACAGACCAAGAAGAACGCGGACAAGAGAAAGCGACGUCGCGCAGAGUGGGAGGCUGAGCAGAACCGUCUUGAUGAGGAGUUCAACGCCAAGGUCAAGGCUGAGCGCGAGCAGAUGAAAAAGGAGAGGAUUGCUAAGGCUGAGGCUGAGAAGGCUACGGAAGCGGAGAAGAGGGCUCAAGAGGCUGAUGAUGAGGCUUUGAGCAAGAAGACUGAGGAGAUUAAGAUUUCAGAGGACAAGGAUGAGCCUGUUGUCGUUGAUGAGCACCACAAGGAUCAUGACGACGCGGUUAUCUCGGUCUCAACUGGAUCACCUCACUCGACUCCCAAGCCCAUGGACUCAACAGCUGAGGGUGCUGAAGAGAAACAGGAGGUCCCACCAGUCAGUGGAGGACCUCCCGCUCCCAUCGAGGAAGAAGAGCCUCUCCCCACCCGCCCUCGACCUGCCUACGACUCUGCAGGCGAGUCAUCAGCCUCUCCAGCUGACGAUCAUGAAAGGCUUUUCAGUAGCGAUGAUAAUAGUCGCGACCCCAGACGUAUGAUAUCCAAAAGGUCUCGAGUCCAGAGCGAGACUGAUUCUGACGAGGAGAAGAUGCCCGAGCCCUGGAACGCCAUCUGCAUCGUCGGCGUACGCGUGUACUCCAAAGACGAGAACCUCGAGCUCCGCACAGUCAUGGAAGGCGGAGAGCUUUUAGAGGGCGGCAUGGGCUCCAAGGGCGCCGCAGAUCUCGACAACGCUCAGUCCAACGCGGGCGGUGGACGAUCUAACGAUAAAACUGCUUCCGAGAUAAACCAGGGUGGCACCAAGGGGCAAGAGAUAUCUCUGGACAUCAGCAAGGACAGCAAAGACACUGAAGAGUAUACUAUCUGCUGAAAAAAUACUGCUUCAAAAAGAGUUACAUCCACGUCAAUUCUACUUUCACAACCAGAGUCGGCUCUUCGACACCAAUAUUCGUUAGCAUACCCAUCGCCUGGAAAUGCGUAAUGCCAGCUACUGGUACACAGGUCGAGUUGGCGGCGCAAUAGCUCAUAUAAGCCAUGGUAGACGCUCAUGAUAACCAUGACUAAAAGCCUGCGAUGUCCAGGUGAUCGAAGGAUCCAUUUAUGGUUAUUCCGAGGAAUGGGCUGUGAGGCCUGGCAACAGGAAUCAGAGCAAGACUGGAUUGUUCUUAGGAGAAGCAAAGGUGUUCGUGUUGGCGACGGACCUUCACACAUCGCGAGAUAUACAUUUGAGGAGCUAUCGUAACUACUCCUCGUUCGCUGACAACUCCAUAACUUCAUAUAGACUUGUUCCAUUCUGACUC